CCAAAAACACUUAAAUCUUGAUUGAAAAAUAUAGUAAGAAAGCUUCUAGACUCUUACCUCCAACAAGUUAUUGCCAAAAACACUUAAACCUUGAUUCAAUGAAAAGGGAAAAAAAAUGAGGUCCUUUAGCUAGGUCCAACUAGAGACAAUCCACUUUGCCCCUAAUAUAGGUGGAACAAGUUAAUACAGUGACCUUAUGAAAAUGGUGAUCAAAGCGCUCUAAAAUUGAUCAAAGCCAUUUUGAGGCCACUUAUGUUGAGGAGAACAAAGGAUACCAAGGACAAAGAAGGAAGGCUGAUACUUGUUCUCCCUCCGACUGAUAUUCAAGUCAUUCAGUGUAUACAAUCAGAAGCCGAACAUGACUUCUAUGAUGCCCUCUUCAAGAGAUCUAAAGUUCAAUUUGAUCAGUUUGUGGCACAAGGAAAAGUUCUUCACAACUAUGCUAAUAUUCUCGAAUUACUACUUCGAUUGAGGCAGUGUUGCAAUCAUCCUUUCCUUGUUAUGAGUCGAAGCGAUACACAAGAAUUUGCAGACUUAGACAAGCUAGCAAGAAGGUUCUUGGAAACAAAUCCUGAUUCUACAACACAGAAAGCACCUACACCAGCAUAUGUAGAAGAAGUAGUUGAAGGAAUUCGUAAUGGCGAAAAUACAGAAUGUCCUAUAUGCCUUGAGUCAGCAGAUGAUCCUGUGUUAACACCAUGUGCUCAUAGAAUGUGCAGAGAAUGUCUACUUUCAAGCUGGAGAACUCCAGCAAGUGGACUUUGUCCAAUUUGUAGACAAAUGAUAAGGAAAAAUGAGCUAUUUACGUGUCCAUCCGAAAAUCGGUUUAGGAUUGCUGUUGAGAAGAAUUGGCAAGAAUCAUAUAAGGUUUCAAAACUGUUGGAAUGUUUAGAAUCUAUAAGAAAAUCAGGUUCUGGUGAAAAGAGCAUUGUGUUUAGUCAAUGGACUACAUUUCUUGAUCUUUUGGAAAUUCCACUAAAGAAAAAGAAAAUUGGAUAUUUGAGGUUUGAUGGAAAGUUGGUGAAGAAACAAAGAGAAAGGGUCUUGAAAGAGUUCAGUGAGACUAAUGAGAAAACAAUUUUGUUAAUGUCACUAAAAGCUGGAGGUGUGGGCUUGAAUUUAACAGCAGCUUCUAAUGUCUUCCUCAUGGAUCCAUGGUGGAAUCCUGCAGUAGAAGAGCAAGCAAUAAUGAGAAUUCAUCGUAUUGGUCAAAAGAAUACAGUUCGUGUUAGAAGGUUCAUUGUUAAGGACACAGUAGAAGAAAGAAUGCAACAAGUACAAGCAAGAAAGCAAAGGAUGAUAGCUGGAGCUUUGACUGAUGAAGAAGUACGUUCAGCUAGACUUGAAGAACUCAAGAUGCUUUUUCGAUAGUUGAUUUUAACCAAUUAAAAAUCCCAAUUAUAUUUAUAUAAUUGGAUUUAAAAUUAGAGAAAAAAGAGGGAAAAAAGGAAAUUAAUGCUCAAGAGGUGGAUAAUUUUUUUUUGUAUAGUCCCAACUAUUCCACCUGAAUUUUGUAAAGUCUUGUAAAAGUAACAAACUAUGGGUUGGUUGAUCCUCUUUUUUUUAAGAUAUGUUAUUUUUGUCUAUGCUUUGGCUUUUUAAGUCCAUAGGUUUUGUAUAUUCUUCGUCUGUAAACGAUGAGAGGUGGAUUUAAAAUUUAAA